CAAGAAUUUCAUGUUCAUUUUAUAUGCGCCCUUUUCCAUUUUGAUAAUUUGAAGAUUUACAAAUAAAAAAACUAAUAUAUAAAAUCAAAAUAAUUAUAUUAUAAUACAUCAGAAUAAGACAUUUUAGAAUGUUAAAUUUGUGAAAAAUCUUAAUAAAUAAUAUAAAUGAUUAAAUGCGCUUAAAAGACAUGUUACAAAUAUUUUCAUUUCAAUUGUAUCUAUUAAUAAAAGCUUACAAUUUUAAAAAUGAGAAAUCGAAAAAGUGAAAUGAAUAUGUUUAAAAUAUUAUGUCACGAACAUAAAAAUGAAGAAAAAUGUAAAAUAAUUAUUUAUAAAAAAAAAAAAAAAAAAAGUAUAAAAAUAUAUUAUUACAUGGGAAAAAUUUGAACAUUAUUAAGUAAAAAUGGGCUGUAUUUAAAAAAGAAAAAUUAAAAUAGAAAGCGAAGAUGAGCAAACAGAAAA